GCACAACAUUCUUUAAGAAAUGAUUUUAUAAGGAAAAUAUACCAAAAAUAUGGUCUUAAAGCAAUUAAACCAAUAGAGAGCUCAAUGGAGGUUCAACUAUACACCGUUUUUAAAUCCGUAAAACAUUCAUUGUUUAACGUCGUAAAUAUUAAG